AACAACUUGCGGGCACCGCCUGCCGAACUCACAGCAGCAGUUCAUCUCGUCGCCGCAUCUCAUCUCCGCUUGGCUCAGGGGCGCGCACGGUGUCAACGUGCAGGCUUGCAGAUCUGAUCCUCGCAGUGUUGACUCCACGCACAGGCACUUGUUUCGUUUGCAUUUUUGCCGGCGAGACAACCCCUCUGCCGCCCACCCCCCCCUCCCCUCCCCUCGAUCCUGCCUUAUCGCCGUCUCUUAUCCUCCAGUCCUGCGCAACCGACACCGGCGGUGUUAUCGGACGCGCUGGAUGCCAGCUGAGCUCCUCGAACCGGCGUGAAUUUCUUCUUCUUCGUCUUCUUUUUUUUUCUUUUCUUUCUUUUCCCCUGUCUCCGCCUGCUUGUUGAGAACAAAACAAAAGCGGAACACAACGACAGCAACUGCAGCGACAAUGACAGACCCGGCGACCCAGGUCUCCUACCCCGUCCCGGAGCCGACCAUAGUGGAUGGCGCGGUGCGGAACGGCCGGUGCGCCCCGGACGGCUUCACCAACCACCAGCGAGCCAAGAGCCCCAGCCAGCAUGAGUCGUUCCCCACGGGCCAGGAGAUGAAAAUCACAGACAGCGCGGAGGGAGAAGGUCUCCUCGAGAGCAGCAUGCGCCUGAAGCCCCACGAGGCCCAGAGCUACAGGAAGAAGGCGCUGUGGGUGUCCGGGAUCUCCAUCGUGGUCACACUCAUACUGGCUGUGGCAGCAUUCACUGUAUCAUUCAUGAGACACAGCGCGUCAGCCUUUGGAUUUGCCUUUGAGGCCUCGCUGGACGUCUUGUCAUCAAUCAUCGUCCUCUGGCGCUACAGCAAUGCCGCGGCAGUGCACUCUGCGCAUAGGGAGUACAUAGCAUGUGUUGUCCUCGGGAUUGUGUUCAUCCUCUCGUCCUUCUGCAUCCUUGGAAAGGCCAUCCAUAAUGUGGCCACCAGGAUGCCACCAGAAGUGGAUGACUUCCUCUUCAGUGUGUCCAUUGUGAGCGGGUUCACAUGCACUUUGCUGGCUGUGGUCAAGUUCAUGUUGGGAAGAGUGCUGACCAGUCGGGCACUUAUCACUGAUGGGUUUAACUCUCUGGUUGGAGCUGUCAUGGGAUUCUCCAUACUGGUCAGUGCCGAAGUCUACAAGCACCAUCCUGAUGUCUGGUUCCUGGAUGGCUCCAUUGGGAUUCUCAUUAGCCUUAUCAUUUGUGCAUAUGGUGUCAAACUCCUGGUGGACAUGGUGCCCCGUGUGAGGCAGACGCGGAACUAUGAACGCUUUGAGUGAGAGACGUGUCCACAAGAAGAGGUCACACACACACACACAUAGACACACACUGCUUCCAAUCCUCUUCCCUGUCUUUCAUAGUUACUUACAUGUGAACUUCACCUACGCAUACAGACGGACGUUACAAACACAUACAAUCUGUAUACUCUGUAUUCAUAGUACAUUCAUACAUGCAGUCAUAACACACGCACACACACACACACACACACACACACACACACACACACACACACACACACACACACACACACAGAUGUCUGAGAGACUUCAAGGGAAGGUAAGAGGUCACAAUUAAAGACCUUUUCCGGGUGGUAAGACCUGUAAAAGAGCUUCAGUUCAAUUCUUCUUUUCCACUCGCCUUCACUUUUUAUCCAUGAAACCACGAGCCAAAAAUUACAGCUAGAAUAUGGAAAGGACUCCAGAACCAACCAGAGUUCUCAAUUUGCUCAGCUUGUACACACAGCAUGCGGUGCUAAGAUGCUGUGGAAAAACCUCCACUCCACGUCGAGCCCGCUAAUUUUAUUUAUUUAUUUAUUUAUUUCCUCAUUUUUGUAAUCAUCAUUAAGUAUGAGUGCUUGAUUGCUGGAACGCAGAGGAGAACCGCUCAGCACCUCACCUGCCUUCUCCCUUCAGUGCAGUGUACAGCCUAAUUUGUUCCUGAGAGAAACACCACUCUCUCUGAUAAGAGGCCAACGCUGAUCUCAAACCCUCACAACUAAAAUCCAGCAGACGUGAAGGCGACAGGAGUCGCUCAGGACAAAUAUUUGCCAGACUAUAGGAGGAAACUGGAGUGCUCGAAGCUGACCUUAUUUGACCUGUUGGUGUUACCUCCUACUGCACUGUACAGAGUGUGAUGUGUCCAAGCACAAAUUAGCAGACUCUUCACCAGUUGUUGCUGACGGUUGAGCACAGUAUCCACAAAAAAUUGUUUACAUACACACACAUAACCUGGUUAGAUUUUUUUUUUUCUUGAAACUUACAUUGACAAAAUGUUUUACCAGUUAAUAGCAAACGAUUUAGGAAUAUUAUAUAUGUUUUUUGUUUUAAACGGAGGGAUAGAAAAAGCAAUUGUCAAAUAUUGUGUUUUUUCUGUAUAAACCUUUCAGGCUUAUGGAUAUAAGAUCAGAUGAUUUUGUUAAUUCUAUUUAGCAAUAUAUCAUUCUUUGCUUUUCCCUGUUUCGACUGCGACUUUCAUGAAGGAAAGAUGAAACCUAAGACGAAUCCAAGCACAAUGACAAAGAUGAAGCAGCCUGUGGGAAUAUCAUUUAGACUGCAUAUCAUUUGCGGAGAUCUUGUUUUCUCCUGUGUCCUCUUUGUUCUGCAUGUUCCCAUUGUUAUCAUUCUUUAUAAUGUGAAAUGAACAGAAUGUAAAUAUAGAAAUCCCACCAUCUGUAAAUAUGUUUAUUAUACUGUUUGGGUGCAUCAGUAACAAAAGUCACAAAUAGUCAUAGUGAUAUAAGGCUGACAUAAACAGGCUUUUUGGCGUACACGGCUCAUAGUACAAGUACAAGAUGAUUGGUGUUGCAUAUGUUUACUCUUGUGUGCAUAUACUGUAAAUGUUGAUUUACAUAUAACUGUAUAUUACCAGUGAAAUGAAUCGACAAGUCUAACUGUAAGUCUUUUGCACUGUAAUUGGAAAUCUCAGACUGGAUGUAGUCGUGAUCUGUCAGUCCUGUCCAAGGCUCAGCUGUGUUUUCAAAUUUUCCCUCAUAUCACUUAUCAGAAGCCGUCAAGAAAAAAAGAAGAGUUUAUUACCAAGAGCGUGUGAAACUGUCCAAAGCCAAAGAAAUCAAUAUCAUUCGACUAAACUUGAGACCCUGGUGUCCCAAGUCUAGACAUGUGAUCAGCUAGAAUAUUUUUAGAGGAACAGUAAAUAUUUAAAUAGAUUGUGUGCAUCGUUGUCCUAUUGGAGGAUAUUUUUUCUAACAGAAGCCCCACGAAUGACUAAAUAGAUUCAUAAAUUUGAAUACAAUUCAUUGACUCAUUUAAAAAAAAAGGAAAAAUGGCAAAUUUAAAAUAUAUAUAUAUAUAUAAACUGAUAUAAUUAACUUCUUAUGCACUGACGGAUAUUGGAUGAGCUCUCACUUUCAUUUCCCUCAGUGAAGGGAAUGAUUCAGGUAAACCGUUGGAGGACUUGUUUCUUCUUGUGAAUGUGGAAACAUAGUGCUUGUCCGCCCCCUAAUGGUUUGGAAGCCACACGACAAGAGAGGCAAUUAGUAUUCAGUGCACCGGGUGCUGGGGAGCAAGUUUAAAUGUACCCCAGGCUGAAGACAGUUACAAGGUCAUGGACAGCGACUCUGAACGGGUCUGCAUCCAUUAUACACUGUAGCUACCAUUUCUGAGCUGACACGCUGGACAAGGUGCAACAUGAUAUGUAUUGUCUCAUAUUGUCAGGAUUAGCCAGAAACUGAAUGUGUGGAGCUCACGCCACUUCAACUCACCAACAGCACACUGAUUGGCAACGUUUUCCCCCCUCUCUCUGAUGCAUGGGCGACAAUCAUUACGACACCUUUUUACAAGCAAAGCACAGGCACAGAGCAAACUGUAAAGGUAUGCUUCACAAGCUCCACUGCCCAUAUGUUAAACUGUUGUGUUUGGAUAAACUGGAGACGAUUUCGAUCUGUCUUGGUGACAAAAUCCUUUCUACCUCUCUUCUCUGCACUUUGUUUUUGUUUUUUGGUGCCACUAAUCUUGCUCACUCCGUAGUGACGGGUGACCUGUGAUGCUGUUGCACUCAAUGUAAAUCACGCGAUCAAGUAAAUCAAGUGCGGCAGCUAUUAAAUGAAAAAACAAGGAGAGUAGGAUAAUUGUAAUCAUAUAAAUCACCACAGUUGCAUUUGUCUUACAUGCAAACUGCAUCCGCCCCCCUGCUUCAUGAAAUGUGUCAAACAUCUCUCCAUCACAAUGAGACUGUUCGAGAUUUGCGGGAAGAAAAAAUACCCACGUUCAUUUAUUUGUCGUUUGCACAAACUUCCCACCUCAAAUCAUUAUUCGACACCUGGUACAAAAUUUCGUCGUUUUGUUGGAGUGGCUCAGAAAUAAUUCAAAUUCUGCUGCUUGAUGAAUUGUGCCAAAUCACUGAGAACACAAGUCCACUCUUUUGACAUUUGUUUAAAUUUUUACUUAGAUGACGAAUGAACUGCUCCAGAAAAAGCAUUCAAUAUACUAGAUUCAAUAAAUCGAUUGUGAUAGCAAUACUAAACCACUUCUCUGUUACUAUAGGCUUUGCAUGGGCUUGUAAAAAUCCCUGACAGCUACAGUGGUUGCAUUGCAGCCGCACACAUGCGCACACACAGUUAGAGAUGCGUAUCUGAAAUGACAAUAACUCUGUGUAUUAUUUGUCUGUUUGUACAGUAACGAUAUCAGUGGUAUUACAGAUGAUGUAAAAACACCAUUUAUUUAUGUAAAAGAACCAUGAUAUCUCUUUGUCAUAGAGCAAACUUUUAUCGAUUAAUAAAGUUUUAUCCUGCUUAUUCAUCAA